UGACGAGUUUUCGGUGUGCUGUUGCUUCUCUAGUCGAGGCAGACGAGACCAAUCGAUUUUAAACAUUUGGUAACUUGUUUGUUUGUUAUACAGACUUACUGGACCUUUUUAAUGUCAUAACAUUCACACAAACAGUUGGAUUUUACUUCGGUGCUGUACUUUCUUCUUGCUAACUUGAACGUUAGCCACAAAUCAAGCUAAGCAGACUAGCAUUACCGGAAAUGUUGACUUUCAGCGUAAAAUACAAGACAACACGCUCGGAUGAAACACCUUUUAUUUUGAAAUUUUUCAAAAAAGAGUUUACCCAUACGUCCUCAUUUUUUGUUGUGUAAGCUUGACGCUUGUGCAACUAUUUGCACGUAUUUUGCUGCGUUGUAUUUUUCUUACAUUGUGUGUAUUAUUGAGUAGCUUUAAUGUUAACUUAACACGUGAUACUUUGACAGCCCUGUUUGUUGCUAGCAGACACGUGUUAACAUGUUGUUUACAGUUUAGUAGUAGUAGUAGUAGGAGUCUAUAGGGGAAGAGUUGUCGUUAUAGGCCUGCUCGGGUUAUUUACAUCACUGGAUGACAAAGUCUCUAAACAGAAACAUGUCCCUGGGAGACUAUGAGAGACAUUUCGACUCGUUAAACUCAGAUCUGGGCGGCGGGUCUGUGGUCAGUGAGACAUCCGCGUCGAGCACGUUUAAUGGCGAAGAGGAGAAGCUGCACUACAUUCCGAUCCGGAUCCUCGGGAGGGGGGCGUUUGGUGAAGCUACUCUGUACAGGAGAACAGAGGACAACUCUCUGGUGGUAUGGAAGGAGGUGGAGCUGACCACGCUCUCCGAAAAGGAGCGCAGAGAUGUCAUGAACGAAAUAAGCAUCCUCUCCAUCCUGGAGCACAACAACAUCAUAGCCUACUUCAAUCACUUCCUGGAUAAAAACACCUUGCUCAUUGAGUUGGAGUAUUGUAAUGGAGGAAAUCUGUAUGAUAAAAUCAACCACCAGAAUGGGAAACUUUUCUGUGAAGAGGUGGUCAUAUGGUACCUGUACCAAAUUGCCUCAGCAGUGUCCCACAUUCACAAGGCUGGGAUCUUACACAGAGAUAUCAAAACUCUGAACAUUUUCCUGACCAAGACUGACCUCAUCAAGCUGGGCGACUAUGGGCUUGCAAAGAAGUUAGACUCUGAGUUUUCAAUGGCAGAGACUUGUGUGGGAACUCCAUAUUAUAUGUCACCUGAAUUGUGCCAGGGAUCGAAGUACAACUUCAAAUCAGACAUCUGGGCCAUGGGUUGUGUCAUUUUUGAAGUUUUGACUCUUACAAGAACAUUUGAUGCAACGAACCCUCUGAACCUCUGCGUGAAAAUAGUCCAGGGCAACUGGACUAUGGAUGUGGACUCUGAUGUUUUUUCAUCUGAAUUGAUUGAACUGGUGUAUGACUGCCUCCGUCAAGAUCCUGCAAAGAGGCCUACAUCUGACGAGAUCCUGGACCAGCCUAUCAUCUCCUGCCGCAGACAGGAGCUUGAAGAGCGAGUUGCCCUGCUGAAUUUAGCAAUGAAAAAGCCAAAGCUGAGUACACAGACUGACACCCCCGUUGCCGUGGUGACCACACGCUCAAGGGAGGUGUACUUCUGGGGCGGAGGCAAGUUCACCCCCCAGAAACUGGACACGUUUAAAGGAGGCAGCAGCGCCCAGCAUGUGUGUGCAGGGGAGAGUCACUGUGCAGUGGUGACAGUGGAAAAGGAGCUGUAUACCUGGGCUAAUGUCCAAAGUGGAGCCAAGAUGGUGGGCCAGCUGGGACAUGGAGACCAUUCCUCGUACCGGCAGCCAAAGAGGGUGGAGAAGCUCGCGGGGAAGGCCAUCCGACAGGUGGCAUGUGGGGCUGACUUCACCGCCUGUAUCACCGAUGAGGACCAGAUGUACAUGUUCGGGUCAGACUAUUACGGCUGCAUCGGAGUGGAGGGUGAGCUCGGCAUGGAGAUUUUGGAGCCAGUGCUUUUGGAGUUUUUUGAGGAGCGGCCCGUCCGUCAGGUUUCGUGUGGAGACAACCACGUGGCAGUCCUGACUCAGAAUGGGGACAUCUACACCUGGGGCUGUGGAGAGUAUGGGCGUCUCGGCCUGGAAUGUGAGGAUGACUUUUCUUCACCGAUGCAAGUGGAAAUCCCUAAAGGCGCCACCAUCUCCUCGGUGUCAUGUGCCAGCGAUGGAACCUUCUUUUUAACAGAAACUGGCAAAGUCCUAGCAUGUGGAAACAAUGAAUUCAACAAGCUUGGUCUGAACCAGGGAAUCUCUGGUCUCAAAAACCACCCUGGAGAGGGUUACCAGGGGAUCCCGUACAUCACCACACUGACUUUGGUAAAGCAGCUGUCAAGGUUCAAGAUUCAGGCCAUAGCUCCAGGGAAGACCCACACAGCUGCCAUUGAUGUACGUGGUCGUCUGAUCACCUUCGGUUGCAACAAGUACGGACAGCUGGGUGUGAAGGACUUUAAGAAACACCAGGGUGUCCAGCUCCUCGUCGGACCCUUUGGAGGGAAGACGGUGACCAAACUGUCUUGUGGAGACGGUUUCACCAUUGCAGCCACUGAGGACAAUCAGAUCUUUGCGUGGGGAAAUGCAGGAAACGGGCGACUUGGGAUGCCAGCCGAUAAGGGAUUUGGUUCUGAGGUAUGCCCCGCCAUGCCAAGGCCUAUCUUUGGUUCCCUCCACCAUGUACCGGACCUCUCUUGCUGUGGCUGGCACACCAUUAUCAUAAUGGAGAAAGUGCUCAAUUCCAAGACUAUUCGCUCUAACAGCAGUGGACUCUCAGUUGGUAGUGGACUGGGCCAGGAGGCGUCUACAUCAACAGUGGAUCUGGACAUAGAACCUGGUUCAGAGACGGGGGGUCGUGACCGGGGUCUUGGGGGUACAAUGGAGGAUAAUACGGAGGAGUGCUUCAUGGCGACCUCGAGUAUGUCGCUGGCAAGUCAGACUGGGGACAGCUCCUGCCCUCUCUGGCUUAGAAAGGAGCUUGAGAACGCAGAGUUCAUCCCAAUUCCAGCAGAGUCUGAGUUAUCCACUCCUGACCAGCUCUCUUCUAUCUCCGAGAGCGUCACUCUACCUUAUGAGGAGCUGAAAGAGCUAACGGCUGCGGCAUCAGCAAUCAGCGCUAAGAAAGACCUGUCGACUAAGCGAAUGAGCUGUGAUAAAGUCAAUGGACUGGAGGAGGCUGACGUCUGCAAAAAAGGAGAACUGGGUGCAUGCUGCAAAGCAAGUAGCGAAGUCACACAGCUGCGAGAGACAGUCGCUCAUCAAGAUUUGAGGAUCCAGAUGCUCGAGAAGCAGGUCAAUGAGCAGCAGAAGGAGAACGAAAGGCUCUGGGCGGCAAUCAAUCGCUCAACGCUACGGGAAGCAGGAUGCGACAAUAACGGAAACCGUCCCUCCGAUGCCCGUAUGCCCGGGGACGGAGGAGAAAGAGGAAGCGGAUUCAAAAAACACGGGGGCCGAUCUGCAGGUGCCAGCGUGUGAGACUUUACCUGCAGGUGUCCUGAUUUAUGGGAGAAAUGUCAAAACUCUUAGCACGUACAAGCUGGUUAGAUGGGGAGUGGAGGCUCAGUUAGACAUGCAGUAGAGGGUGCAUUCACAGUGGUUACAUACAGUAUGCAUGUUUGAUAGAGCGCUACGUUGCAUUAUUACAAUCCGUUACGUAUGUAAUACUGUACUGUACACUCUCAUAUGCACACUUGUGUUCACCCGGGUGCAGUGAUCUAGCUCGUUUCUCCACAGACUGAAAUGUUGGCUGGAUUCAACAUGAAGCACCCGACACCUGCGAGAGACAAUCAUCAUAGUGAUCAUAGUGUUACUCUGCAAUGUGAAUGUUAAGUCCAUGUUUUGGUGGUGUUGUUGACUUUAAUUGAUGUCAGCAUUGAGGCUCAGUGCCUCACGUAUUAGUAUUUAUCAAAUAACAAAAAAAAUCUUCUGCAAAUAGGAAACUGUUUGCUAAUGCAUCCAGAGAGAAGUUUCCUCUUGUCAGUUGUUGGUAAGAGAUGAGCUGUCAGGAUGUUGUCCAGAUUGAUCAUGACUCAUGUCAUCUUCCAAUUUAACUUUCUGAUGUGUCAUUUUUAUUUUUAAUACAUUUUAAUUUCAUUUGAUAUUUCGUAAAAAGUGCCCAAUACAAAAUAGCCUCUAAAACACAUUUUCCAUAUUUAUCAGACAUGUUCGCUCUUACAAACAUAUUAUAAUUAUGUCAUGCAAAUAUAUACUUCUUUUUUUUUUUUUUUUUGCAUGUUUUAUUGUCAUGUGAAAGUAUUUGUGUGAAACACGAAACUACUGAUUUCAUCUUUUUUUAACAACUACUUUUAGUUACUUUUUCUUACUGUCUUCUUUGACUCUUCAAUUCUUGUUGGGGCAGCACACACAUGUAGGUCUAUCUUCUUUGUGACGCAUAUGAACACUUGGAACAGUUUUCUCUGAAUGUGGAAGCAUUUAUGAUAUAGCUGACCCUGCAGCUAUAAUGUUUCUUAUUGCAUUUUUUAACCGUUUUGAAAUGUUGUCUGAUGUUUUUGCCGUAUUUUUCAUCAUUUGUGAAAGCAAAUAUGUAAUUGCAUUUUGUUUGAUGUCCUUUGGUUAUGUUUAUUGUGCGUGUUAUAACAAAUAUGUGGGUGUGUGUGUGUGUGUUUAAAACCUGUUGUCAUGUUUAGCUUACAAGCUGUUGAUUGUGGUCGGUGAACUGCCGGAUGUCAGCAGCAUAAUAGCGGCAGUAUUUUCAGGCGGUAAAAUGCAACGUUAAAUACAGUCCGAGUGCCUUAACAAGCUGUUGAUACCAAAAUUAGUGCAAAUACGACAACGCUGUGCCUUAGGUGACAUUUUUUUUAUACAGUAUGUUGACAGCAUUUAUUUUUUCAGCAGUUAACCAAAUAUUGUAGAGAUGUAACGAUUGUAUAAACACUUCUCUCACAGUCACACUGUUGCUUCAUGCUUUGUGUUAAAGCCAUAAAUAAAACUAACAGCUGUCUUUUGUUA